AUGUUCGGUGAGCACGAAUCAGAGAGCCCCCGCGUCCCCAGCCCAUGGGACCCCUUCCUUCCCUCCCCGCCCACCGUCAGCCCUUCGCCUCCCUUCGCAAGUCCCGCCUUGCACAACGGCAUCCCCAAGCUCGUCCCAGAGGUCGAGGAGGGCAACAUUGAGUACAAGCUGAAACUAACGAACAUCUCCAACGGCCGCUUCGCGCGCCUCGUCACCCAGCUCAAAUGGCGCCUGCUCGAGGGCGGCGGCCAGGCCUACUACGAGCUCGGCGUCGCCGACUCGGGAGCGCUCAUCGGCCUCACCCGCGCCGACCUCGAAGAGUCGCUCGGGACGCUCGAGAUGAUGGCCGGCGAGAUCGGCGCAUCGGUCAUCGUCGUGAAAGAGAUCGAAGUCCCGCCCACCGUCGCUGCGCUCGCGGAUCUCGAGAGCGGGUAUACGGACCCAGACACGGGCGAGUGGACGCGGAAGAUGCGCCGGCGCGGCGCCCCCUCGGGCGAGCUCUCCACCUCUGUGACUUCGACCUCGACGACCACUCUGACGGACGGGGAGACGGACGGGGAAUCGUCGGCGCCCGAGUUCGCGGACCUGGACGACCUCUCGGAGCUCUCGAGCUCGCUGCAGACCCCCGGGGACGGGACCCCUGCGCUCGUUACGCCCGCGGCGAUCGCGCACCGGCACCUGCGCUCGGACCCGGCGUGGCCGACGGCGCAGUGCUCGCCGUCGAUCACGCCGCUCGACGACGACCUCGCGCUGUUCUCGAUGGAGCCCGAGCCGGCGUUCCGCGAGGACGCGGUGGACGCGGCGCUCGCGGGGGCCCUGGCGGACGACGAGCUGGAGGUAGUCGGGGCGGCGUGGGGCACGCAGCGGGCGUCGUUCGCGGGCGUCGAGAUCGCGGCGGUGUUCAAGCCACGGCCUGUGCGGCAGCGGGCGCGGGAGGGGACGGCGCUGGGCGCGACGGCGGGCCGGCACGGGAAGCGGCACAACAAGAACAAGGAAAAGAAGGUGCACCCGUGGCAGCAGCAGCAGGCUCCGCCGUCGUCGCCGGGUGAACACGCGGAGGAAAGCGGGGAGAGCAAGGAGGAGAAGGCGGCCCUGCGGCGGCUCGCGCGGGACCGGAAGCGGGAGGAGAGGAGGGCGGCGCUGGUCGCGAUGGCGGAGCACGAGCGAGGGGGUGAGAACGAGGCCGGGGCGGGAGUGGGAGCGGACGGGGGGCUGGGAACGGGGACUCAGGGCGCGGGAGUGCCGGGAGGGGUGGGGGAGGUCGUCGUCGUGGACGUGGUGAACGCGGGGGAGGGCGAGCGGGAGGGCCGGCUGAUUGUCGAGGCUCUGGUGGUCCGCAAGCUGUCGAUUGAGGAGGCGACGCUGGACUUUGGACGGCUUAUGGUGAUCUAA